AUGAAGGGGAGGUUGUUGAGUCGUUAUUUUCCUGCUCAUCAGUUCGACUGCAAGUUCCAAGACAAAUACGUUGGGCUGCUUGUGACGACGAGUGUUCCCAUGGGUUUCCAAUGGAGGGCUUAAAUGAAGUGUUGUUCCGCAUCGUGGAGAACGACCAAGAUGGAAAACAUUUGAUCGCCAUUCGUGACAUUCCGGCUGGAAAAGUCAUUUUUUCCGAAAGCCCUUUAGCUCAAGGACCAUCUCCAGAUCAUCCCAAUGACGAUGACAUUUGCAUCAUUUGUCUGAGCGAAUUGGAACAUCCCAAAGUGUGUUCCAAUUGCUUCUGGCCCGUGUGUAGCUCCGAGUGCGGGCGGUCCAGUCGACACAAAAUGGAAUGUGCCACAUUAGCGGCCUGUGCCCGUGAAUCCGAAGAGGACCUGCUGCCUUUGAGACAUUUAUUGGUCAUGAGGUGUCUUCAAAUGAAACAUCGAGAUCAAUACAGCUGGGAAAAGCUUUUGGACAUGGAGGACCAUCACGGCGUCCAAACACUAAUUCGGAACAUAGAAGACGAGCUGAGCGACAUGGAUCGCAUGGAAUUAAAGUACUUCAUCCGAGAAAGCUGUGGCAUGGGAAUCAAAAGCGAACUAGACAUUGUGGCGGAUAUUGUCCAGAGCUCGUCCAUUCAAGUUGAAUGUGAGCUCCAAGAACCAUUUCCGGCCGUCUAUCUCACAGGCGGUCUGCUGGCUCAAGCGUGUGUGCCCAACACGGUGCUGCGAUUCGAUCGCGAUCAGAAGUACCUCUUGAGCGCGUUCUCGGGGCGAAAGAUCGCCAAAGGGGAGAAACUGACCUUUUGUCCUUUGAAGAAUCUGAUACGCACGGGAACGCGGGAACGUCGACGGAAACUGAACAAAAGGCUGAUCAAUUGCUUCUGUGACAGGUGCACUGACCCCACCGAGUGUCAGAGCCAUUCCAGUGCUUUCAUUUGUCAGAAAUGCCCACCCUCCAACCACGGCGGACAAAGGCCGGGAGUCAUUCUGCCUCGCAAUCCCAUGGCCGACGAGUCGGAGUGGGCGUGCCAGAUUUGCAAUUACACGAUGACAUCGGACACGGCGGACAAGCUGCUCCAUCGCUUGCGAGACAGCUUGGAGGCCACGAAAUGCGAGGAUAGCGAGGUCAAAUUCAAGGACUUUUUACGCACCAAUCGCGACAUCCUGCAUCCCAAUCACUACCUAAUGGUGGCGUGCAAGGAGUCGCUCUUCAAUCUCAAGACAUCUGACGCCCGAGCCCUGGAUAUUUCCAUUGCUGACAAGUUGGAGGCCGUCGAUCUUGGGCUAGAUCUCCUCAAGCUGGUUGACAUCCUUGAACCAGGGCUCUCAGAAAUGAGAGGGAAAUUGCUGCUGACAUUGGGAACCACGUUGCAAGAAAUGCUGUCACAAGAAAUCAUGAAUCGCAUGGAGUCCCCGGAUCAGGCUGAACUGGACGAAAGGCACAUCUAUUCGGCAUUUCACGACGCCUUGUUCUGCUUUGAAGAGGCCAAAAAGAUACAAAGAUUGAAUAAGACCGCCAAAGGCCGGGAGGUCUACAGCACCAUCAAAUCAUCCAUUCACGUGCUGAAAGACAUGAAGAGAGACUUUGAAAAGUCAUACAACAGCGGGACAAAUUAAUCCAAUGAAAUGCCCCCUGAACCCUCAAUGCAUGCUUGAAUGGGAAAUACCCCGUGAUGAUUUCCAUUAAACUUGACAUAACUUGACAACUCGACCUUGCCAUCUCAAGAACCAACGUAUUGAUUGGAUGAAUGAAGGAGGUGCAAAGCUCUUCCGGAGUGACUGGAUCGGAUCCACAAGUUCAAAGCUCUUUCACCUUGGUCAAUUCAUUGACCUCUCUCUCUCUCUCUCUCUCUCUCUCUCUCUCUCUCACUCGCUCUUUUGGUGUCUCUGAGUCUCUAAGGUCUCUUGUCGUUGAUUAAGUCGAUCAUUGGGCGAUCCUAUCUUGAGCAGUCGGAAGGCCCGCGAACUUGCUCCUAAGUUAUGUACAUGCCGUGAGAUCGUGAGGAAAGAUCACUGAUCUAUAUGUCAUGGGUCAAUGGACGACUUCCCAUAUGAGGACUUGAUCAAGUGACCUAGACCGGCCAUGAAUUCGAUUUUAAUAAGUAAAGCCAAUGAAAAUCCGGAUCAAAGUGCACUACGGUAGAUCGAAAGGCCUUCACACUAGAUGAGAGUUUUAUGACUGUUAAAGCGAGAAAAUUUGCAUGAAACGAUUUGAGGCGAGAUAUGUUUUCGUCAUACAUUCAUGGAAUCAAAUGAUAAAUACCUCAUGCUCAGAGAUGUCACGUAACGAAAUGAAUUGUGGCGUAUUCUUGGUGCAUUUUCGCAAAUAUCAUCCCGCGCGAAUGUCAUGAAGAACAAUAGUUUGUGGACCUGACCACCCUCAAUGAGUUCAAAGGCUCGUCCAAUUUCGAUAACGAACAAACCCCAAUGAGAAUUCAA